CCUAUUCCAAUGGGAUGCGGUGUUGUGCUUGAUGAGGGUAGGGUGCAGGAGCUGCCCGGCACGGCUGCCUGAUUCCAUUGUGGGGCAUCCGGAGGGGAUGCUCUUAGUGGCUGGUGAGUGAUGGGGGGAUGCGGUGCCGUUGGAUUUCCUUGGCGCGCCUGAAGGUGACUUCUCAGAAGUAGGUUUUGUGCCGCCGCUCGGCUCCGUGCUCGGACCCGGCUCCAUCCCGGUGCCACGCUGCACCGGGAGCCCCAUUCACCGGGUGCUGGGACCCCUUCUGUGGGGCACCGGUGUCGCGGGGAUCCGCAGGGGGAAAGCUGGGGAGGUGCAACCCGGUCAAUGUGACUUUCUAACACAUUGCAUCGCCUUGCCGCCGCUGCCGUCCUACUUUUGGGUGCAGAGCAGAGUCCUUUCUGGGGACACCGAGGAGGGGGGAGCUCCUGGGUGCGCUCCCUCCCUGCUCCUUGGUAACGGUAACGGGGACGUGACAGUACCGGGGGACGUGUGUGACAGGAGCGGGGCGGCCGGGAGGCAGUGGGGAGGGAGGAUGCUGGAGCUGAGGAAGCGUCAAGAAGCCAAUUAAAAGGAAGAUUACGGCGAGCGACUCCAUUGAAGGGUGUCCCCGUGCGUGUGUGACAAAGGACGGCAGCUCCCAGCAGCAUCCACCCGGCACCCGCUCACCCAUCACCACCUAAAGCCCUUUCGGAGCCAUCCCGGGUGCUGACCGUUGCCUUUCUGCUGUGCCGGAGGGAUCCGGCCACCGGAGCAUCCUUCCGUGUGGCAUUCCUGGCAACUCUCCACCGUCUCCCGGGGCACCUGUGGACAACGGGGAUGUUUAAAAUCAAACUAGAGCCUUUGAAAAGGUCGGCUUGGACUAUGAACGUGUUCGUCAAGUUUCGGAAUAAGUACUCGGCUCCCGGCAGCGUCGCCGUCAUGGGGAAGGACUAUUACAAGAUCCUGGGCAUCCAGACCGGUGCCAACGAGGAUGAAAUCAAGAAAGCCUAUCGGAAAAUGGCCCUCAAGUAUCACCCCGAUAAGAAUAAAGACCCCAACGCCGAGGAGAAGUUCAAGGAGAUCGCAGAGGCUUACGAUGUCCUGAGUGACCCCAAGAAGCGAGCUGUCUAUGACCAGUAUGGGGAGGAAGGUCUCAAAACUGGAGGUGGCUCUUCAGGUGGCUCAGGGAACACUUUCCACUACACCUUCCAUGGAGACCCCCAUGCCACCUUUGCCUCUUUCUUCGGAGGCUCCAACCCUUUUGACAUCUUCUUCGCCAGCAGCCGCUCCCGAAUAUUCAACGGCUUCGACCAGGAAGACAUGGACAUCGAUGAAGACGACGACCCUUUCAGUGCCUUCGGCCGGUUUGGCUUCAACGGCAUCAACGGGGUUCACCGGCGGCACCAAGAGUCCCUGCACACACGCAGGAAGGUCCAAGACCCACCGGUCAUCCACGAGCUCAAGGUGUCCCUGGAAGAGAUCUACCACGGCUCCACCAAGAGGAUGAAGAUCACGCGCAGAAGGCUCAAUGCUGAUGGCCGGACCAUGCGGACUGAGGACAAGAUCCUAAACAUUGUCAUCAAACGGGGUUGGAAGGAGGGAACCAAAAUCACAUUCCCCAAAGAAGGGGAUGCCACCCCAGACAACAUCCCUGCUGACAUCGUCUUCAUCCUCAAGGACAAGCCUCACUCGCACUUCAAGAGGGAUGGAACGAACGUGGUCUACACGGCAAACAUCAGUCUUAAAGAGGCCUUGUGCGGCUGCACCGUGAACAUUCCCACCAUCGACGGGCGGGUGAUCCCGCUGCCCUGCAACGACAUCAUCAAGCCGGGGACAGUGAAGAGACUGCGCGGGGAAGGGCUGCCCUUCCCCAAGGCCCCCAGCCAGCGAGGAGACUUGAUCGUGGAGUUCAAAAUCCGCUUCCCGGACAGAAUAGCUCCUCAGACGAGACAGAUCCUCAAGCAGCACCUCCCGUGCUCCUAAAGCCCGGGGACUCCUCUCCAAGCAGCAAUACUCCCAUCGCUCGUGCCGCAGCACCGCGGAGCAGAGGUGCCACAGCACUGUCGAAUGCAAAAAGAAAACAACAAAAC